AUGCAGCGCCCCGCCGCGCUGCGGCCGGCAGCCGCGCCCCCGCUCGGCGCGCCGCGCGCCUGGCUUGCGCCGCCGCCCGCACUGCGAGGCAGCCGCGCGGCGGCCGCGCGGCGGCGGCUGGCCUCCGCGGCGCCGCUGGCCGCCGCGCUCCUGGCCGCGCGCGCGGCCGCGCGGCGGCGCCGUGGGCGCGGCGGCGCCGCCGCCAGCGCGGGCGGCGCGGGCGGCAGCGACCAGGAGCGGGAGGCGCUGCGCCUGCCGGCGCCGGGGGCUGGCGUGCGGCUCGCGGCGGCCGCGGCAUACCUGCUUCCGCUGGUGGAUGGGGUGGAGUUCGGGGUCGAGUUUGCCCAGCUGCCAGCCCUCUCUGGCGUGGUCAGCCUGAUCCCCUUCGGCACCACAGUGUUCCUCCUGCUUCUGCCGGUCGUCGCCAGCAACAGGGAGCUCCCUCGCCUGCUCCGCUUCAGCGUGUGGCAGGCCCUCGUCAUGGAGGUGGUGCUGCAGAUUCCGACGCUCAUCGCGGCAGCCAUCUCCCUCACCCUUGGCGGGUUCGAGGACGCCGACGAGAUGCUGACGAUCUCGGGCGGCGACAGCACUAUGGACCUUGGCACGUUCGGCGACAUCGACGGGCCCCUGGACCCGCCUCUGUGGGCCGACUCCGCGAUAUUCCUGCUGCUGGCGGCCACGUCCUUCUACGGUAUCGCGAAGGCCCUGCUCGGCGAGGAGGCGGAGGGCGUCCCCAUUGUCUCCGACGUCGCGAGGGCACCCACGGACAGCCUCUGA